AUGAGUGACGAAAUUUUCUCGAAUGAAACUGAUUAUGAUUAUGAUACUGAUACUACAACUUGUACAUCAAUAUCAACAGAAAUUACUUUCUAUAUCUUCUUAUUGUUAGAAAUUCCAUCAGUUUUAUGCAGUUUGAUACUCUUCUACUAUUUCAUUCGUUUACGUGAAUAUCUCUUUCGAGAUCACUCCAAUACAACGAUUAUCUAUCAACUACUUGGUACAUUUCUGGUAACUUCAAUCGAUAUGCCAAUCAUUAUAAUUCAUCUUCAAAAUUGUUAUUAUAUUGAAUCUAUGAAAGAUCCGUCUGCAUUUUGUACUUUUUGGAUCCUAUGUGAUUACACCUUCUAUUCGUUAAAUUUAUGGUUAAUGGCAUUUGCUUGUUUCGAACGUUAUCUGUCGAUAUUUUUCAAACAAUUUAUUAUGAGAAAUCGAAAACGACGUUUUCUUCUGUACUAUGCAUUAGUUAUAUUCAUUACGCUAUUCCCUGUCUUAUGGUAUAUAUAUUUAAUACUGAUCUAUCCAUGUGCACAAACUGAUUUUGAUUAUACACAAAUCACAUGUGAUGGUUCGUGCUACCAAGCUGUUGAUGAUCCGGUGACUCAAAAUACAGAUUGGUUUUUAGCUGAUCUAUUGCCAACCUUCUUAGUGAUUUUCUUCAUUCUUAUAUUGAUAUUACACGUUCUUUAUCAAAGACAUAAGAUUAGCAGACAUUCAACACAACGAAACAUAUGGAAACGUACGCGCAAGAUGUUUCUUCAACUUGUACCAAUUGCAUUUAUAUUUUUAGCAUUUAAUAUGCCAUUAAUUAUGGUUGGAAUGCUUAGUAUUACCGAUCCAUGGUAUGAUACGACACCAUAUUAUUAUGCUAAUUCUUUUUCGUAUCUUUUACCACUAUUGAUGCCAUUUGCUGUUCUUUCUAAACAGAAAGAAAUACUAAAACGACUCCGUAUUUUGUUUAAAUUACGAGGAGCAAACCGAAUUGCAACACUCGAUGGAACUGUCUGA